UCGACCUUUCCCUUGCUUCAGUUGUUCUUUCUGAUUUCUCUAUUGACCGUCAAGCCAUUCGUCGAUAAGAACUGACCAAGUCACCAGAAACUUGACGGCAGGAGUUUGACACUGUUGAAAGGACACCAAAAUGGAUACCAAUAUUUCAAUCGAGCCUCAAGGCUCACAGUACGACUAUAUUGUCUGCGGUGGAGGUACCUCGGGUUCCGUCCUGGCAGCGCGUCUGGCGGAGGACCCAAAUACUUCUGUCCUGGUUAUUGAAGCCGGACAACACAACUCACUUCUUGAGAAUACAAUUAUGGCAGGAGGAUGGUCCCAAAAUUUCGACACUGAAGCAGACUGGAACAUUGUCACCGAACCGAGUCCAGGUGCCAACGGGAGACAGGUCAAAGUCAGUCGUGGAAAGUUUCUUGGUGGGUCAAGUGGUGUCAAUGGCACACUCUGCAUCAGAGGAACCAAGCAAGACUACGAUGAUUGGAAUAUCACGGGAUGGAGUGGAGAGGAAGUAUUUGGGUACAUGAAGAAGGCUGAGAACUUUCAUACGAAGAAGUGGUUUAAGCAGGAUGAACCUUCACACGGCUACAAUGGAUUACUGGACAAUGAACCACAUGAUCUGGCCCCAAUCUCAGAUUUAGUCAUGGAAUCAUUCCAAUCCCAAGGCUUGCCUCUACACCACGAUAUGUUCAGCUCUGGCGAAAGUCCACAUGGUUGUGGCCAUGUUCCUCGAACAGUGUACAAAGGCGAUCGAACCACAGCUGCCAACUACUUAGUGAACAAAGGCUCCAACCUUUCAGUCAAGACGGAUACAACUGUUGACAAGGUGAUCCUUGAAGGUGAAGGACCUGAACUGCGAGCUACUGGUGUGAAAAUCAUCGAGAAGGACGGAACAGUAAGAGAACUCAAGGCGAAGAAGGAGGUCAUUGUCAGCGGUGGCGCUUACUGCUCCCCAACCAUUCUUUUGAGAUCUGGAAUUGGCGCAAAGUCACAGCUUGCGGCCCAUGGAAUCCAAUGCAAAGUUGAUCUUCCCGGUGUUGGAGAGAAUCUUAUGGAUCAUUUGAUUGUUUUCAUCUUCUACUCAACUACCAAGCCCGACCUUACAAACGACUAUCUUCUCUACAAACCCAACGCCCUUGGUGAAGCCUACCGACAGUGGAAAGAAGAAAAGCGAGGUCCGCUCUCAACCUUCCCAUUCGGAGCCUUCGCGUACGCUCGCCUCGACGAACACUUGAAGGACGAGCCACUGUGGAAGUCUGCUCCUCGGAAAGAAGGCCGCGAUCCCAUGGGCCUCACCUCCUCCCAACCCAAUAUCGAAUUCUGGAACACCGAAUGCUACGGUGGCCCUAAACAAUACACCGACUACCCAGACGGAGAGAACACUCAUGCUUUCUCGAUCGUUACAGAGCUGUUUGCGCCGAAAUCGAGAGGCUCCGUCACACUCAAGUCUGCUGACCCAAAGGAUAAUCCGGUUGUGAAUCAUAAUUAUCUAUCAAAUGAACUUGAUGUUCUGGUUUUGAGCGAGGCUUGUAGAUUCGGGAAUGAGAUUAUUACGAUGGGGAAGGGCACAGCGGAUAUUGUGGAGGGAAGCUGGCCCAAGACUUUGACGCAUCACAAAUAUACGAAGAGGGAAGACUGGGUUUCAUAUGUUAAGGAUAAUGCAACGACUUGCUACCACCCAGCAGGAACCUGUAAGAUGGGCUCAAACGAAGACCCCAUGGCUGUUCUCGACGCAGAAUUGCGAGUCAGAGGUGUGAAAGGACUCCGGGUUGCAGACACAAGUGUUAUGCCGUUGCUCAACCAGGGCCACACUCAGAUGCCAGCUUACGCCAUUGGUGAGAAGGCUGCGGAUCUCAUCAAGGGCGUGUUUUUGAACCUGAACGGUGAAACUUCUGGGGAUAUCAAGAGGAACGAGAAUGAUGCAACAACGUCUGUGAAUGGGAAUGGGACUUUGAGCUUGAAUUAGAAUGGGUUAGGAGGGCUUGCCAGGCACAUUUCCAGGCCGCUUUGUACAUAUGAAAUCCAUCGAUUUAUCUCAUCCAGUUAAAGUCAG